AGGGGUGUUUCAGGAGAGUCUUGGCAAAUGCACAUCUUUUAUGUUAUCAUUAAAAUUACGAACUUGGGAGCUCCGCUUUCAGGCUUGGCUAAAUCUAUGUAUUAUUUAUAGGUCGUGCCGUUAGACACAGAACACUGUUUGUGGUGGAAUUUUAUGCCGGACUGAAGGAAGAUGCUGCGAGCUACUCAGCAGUUAUACAAGACAGUAUUUAUGCUGAUAGUCCUCUUUGACGGGUUAGCAACAGUUGAACCACGAGUCCAAAUAAUAAGUCCUGUAGACAACCAAAUCAUCAAGUUCAACCAAUCUGUCUUUUUCAACUGUACUGUCAGUCUGGGAAAGAACAUCACUGGAACACUUGAGUGGAGAAGAGAUGGUGUUUUAAUUCCAACCACUAAGAAAUCUCAAUAUUGGGCAAGUUUUGAACUUGGAGCUCUCCAAAAAGAUGAGGAAGGAAUUUAUCAGUGCACUUACUCUAAUGGUGAGAGUGACCAUGUGCGAGUGUGCCUUGCAGAAAAGCCACAGGGAUGGCCUAUUAAAUUCACCAGUCCAAUAAAGACCCUUGUUGAUGAAUUCCCCACACUGAGCUGUUUUGCGAUGGGAUGUCCUACACCAAACAUCAUUUGGUUUAAAAAUAAUUCACAUCAAAUAACUGCACCUGGCAAAGACCAUAAAUAUUCCAUUGACACUGAAAUACCACAGCCUGGAAAUCAAACAUCAGACUUAAGGAUAAAUGCAGUUCAAUUAGAUGAUGCGGGGGACUAUGUUUGCAUAGCUGUUAAUGCUCUUGGAAGUGACAACAGCACAAUAACACUUAAUGUUAAAGGUAAUGAUAACAAUCUUCUUCCUACAAUAGAAGCAAAGAAACCCAAAUACACUGCUGAAGUUGGGACCAAAGUAACCCUUGUUUGUGUCGGUGAACAGGUCAGAGAUGACCUUUUCACCUUUGUAUAUUGGACAUUCAAAGGAAAUGUGCUCUCAAAUUCCAGUAAACACUACAUAGUAAAUGAUUCUUUCACCAUUAAGGCAGGAAGUACACCUAGGGUACAAACAAAGCUCACCUUGUUAAAAUUGGAUUAUGAGGAUAGUGGAAGUUACUCUUGCAAGGUGGACAGUGCACGUGGUACUGAUAGUGAUAUAGUUAUACUUGAGGUGAUUCCAAAAGAUGAUAAGAUGGAACUGUGCUUGAUUGUCAUUUCUUUUGCGGUGCUUUUGGCCUUGACUCUUGUAGUUUUAAUCUUUUGUUUGUGGCGGAGGAGAAGACGCAAGCAGGAAAUGAAAGCUGCUGAUGGAAAAUUGCUUCCACAAAGUGUAGAAGGAACCAUGUUUGUCUGUCAGUUGGCUGGUCAUCUUUCAUUGAGGAAGGGUUGACUUCCUUCAUAAAUGCUUUGCCAUCUUCAUCACUAGCAAGGAACUUUCCAGUCUUUUUGGACUUAAUAGACAUAUAAUCACUUUGAUUGUUGACAUGUUGAACUUCAAACAUGUAUUUCGUCUCAUCGGGCUGAUGGGCAACCAACUGCAAAUAAAAAUAUAGAGUUGAAUUAACAACUUAAACGAAACAGUUGUAACUUUACUGCUUUUUAGACGAGAAUAAAAUGAUUGGUCAGGG